AUGGCGAGUGAAUGCGAACUGGAUUGCAGUGAGCGCGGAAAUAACACUGAUAUUUUAGAAGAUAUUGUAGCGGACAUAACACAACUAGAGGAGAAUAACAUGGAUUUGGAAGACGGACGAAUAACAAAACGACUAAGGGAGAAUAAUGAAGAGGAAAUAUGGACUACAGUUUCUAGGAACUCUAAAAAGAAAGCUAGAACACAAUCAGAAUUUGGUCCCGAACAUUUACCGAUACAAAUAUGUGUUACAUCAAAGGAAAAAUUACCGAAACAGUUUGCUUUAGCAAAACUUCUACAACAAAAUAACAUCGCUGACGUCAUUAAAGUAAAAUAUGUAAACCCAUAUAAAAUACUUGUGAAUUUUGAGAACGAAUCAAGUGCUGAUAAAUUUUUGUCUUGCUCGGUGUUUGACAAUUUGAAUUGGAGAAGACAAAAAACUUCAGAAGUGGGUCUCUCGUACGGAAUUAUUAGAGAUAUAGAUUUAGAACUGUCAGAGGAAGAAUUAGGUAAAUACUUAAUUUCUGAUAAAGAGAUUGUAUCACUAAAAAGACUGAACAGGAAAAACGCGGAUGGUUGGACCUUCAGCGAGACUAUCAGAAUAGGAUUUAAAGGCCCUUCCACACCCAACUAUGUCUAUCUAUUUGACGUAAAAAUAAAAGUAGACUUGUACGUUUUUCCAGUAACGCAAUGUGCAAAAUGUUGGAGAUAUGGUCACUCACAAAAACUUUGCCCGGCGAACAAAAUCAUCUGCCCUAAGUGCGCCAAUUACCAUUCUAACUGUCAAACGAAGACAUACAAAUGUGUCAAUUGCUCAGGUGGACAUAUGGCACUAUCGAAAAAUUGCCCUAUAUACAAAAGAGAAAAACGAAUUAGAGAACUUAUGUCUGAAUAUAAUUGCACAUACCAAAAAGCCAUCUCUAUCUACGUUCCUCCUUCGCCUCAGCCCAAUUUAAUUGAAGCUACUCCAACCCAAGAAACUCAUGUUUACACGCCCUGUAUCACAGAAGCUGCGUCGAAUCAACCCUCAAGUCUCUCGCCAUCGUAUGCUGAAGUACUGCAAAAAAAUACACAACCAGACUCAGACGACAUGACUCGUAUGGACGUUGAUAAGAACAGACGACUUCAACGGAAGAAAAAAAAGAAGAAGAAAACUCCAUUCUAUCUGAGCGAAAAUGUAGUGGCUGAUAUAGAAAUAACAAACUCUGAGAUGACGUCUGACCACGACGACGAGUCACCUUCGUCGGGUGGACCGCCGAACUCAACCCCCAUAAUAGGACACCAACAACAGGACAAGCCCUCAUCAUUUACAGAACUAUUACGAAAACUGAAACAAGUUAUCAUAGACAAGAACAACGGACUAGUGGCAACUCUUAAAGUAUGGCUAAAGAUUAUUAUUGACUUGACAGGGACACACCCGGCGGGGGCGUGGCCGUAA